AUGGUCAACGUCCCCGGCAGAAGCAAAGGUUGCGCGACAUGCCGGAAACGCAGGGUCAAGUGCGACGAGUCCCUGCCACAAUGCCUCGCUUGCGUCCGCAUGGGGUUGCCGUGUCCGGGCGCGCGUACCGGGACAUUCUUUGUACACGCUGUGCCAAGGUCUUCAUCGAGCCAUGCAGAGUGUAGUUCGACACCGCGGCUCCCGGGCCCUCAACCAUCGCGAGCCGGUGCCUUUGACCAGCUGUUUGUCUCACAUUUUGUCGAGUCCUUCUUCGGCACCAUGAAACCAUCUCCGACUCCAGGAACACCGCCAAAGAUAUGGCUGCACGAGCUUCCCGUCUUCCUAGCCUCUUUAGAGCCAUCAUCGGCCAAGCCUGCCAUUCGUGCAGCAUCGAUGAUCAGCUAUGGCACUCUCGCAGGGGAUGUGUCCAUCAAGACGGCCGCUCGAAAGUGGUAUGCAGAAGCACUACAUCAUCUUCAGUGCCUCCUUACAAAUGGGAACGUCGCUGUUGAUGAGAGUAUCAUUUGCGCGGUCGUGAUGCUCAUCCACUUUGAAACUUGGGCUGGCACGAGCCAAAAGGCCUGGCUUCGUCACCUCAAGGGCGCGGCAAUGUUACUUCAGGUGGCAGGGCCAGAGAGUUGCCGUGAUGGUUUCAUGCAUCAGAUAUUUAGUCAUCUACGGUUCCAGAUGUUUGUCGCCGCCAUGACUGAAAAUGAGGUGCCUGUCUUUGCGUCACAAGACUGGAUGACAAUCCCUUUUCAAGUCUACCCAAAACUCAUCUUUGACCAGCUCAUUGAUGUUCUGUUCAAUCUUCUCAAAUGCCUUUCGGUUGCAGACCAACUCAUCAAAUCCGAAUCGAGUGGCAACCUGAGAUUGAUCCUCGAUGCUCAUAUCCGAGAUAGCAUGCUCCAAGCCUCCGAGUGGUGGUCAGAGUGCAUAGAGAACAGCCCGUUUGGACAAAUAUCACCACAGCAAGGAUGUGGCCCAGACGAAGGCCAGCCACUGCUGACACACACAUCGGUUCCAGCCGCAGCCUUGUGCUCUCUCUAUGAUGCGGCAAACCUCAUCGCUUUCCGUCUGUUACAUCUCGUGUCCCCUUCAGCAUCCUCCCAUGACUUGCAUGUCAGGCAGCAUGCACAAGCCAUCUUGUCAGCGAGUCACUUCAUCGACGAAGUGUCUGGCCCUGCGCCAGACCGCGGGUCUAUCAUGAUAACGUUGCAACUAAAGGUUGUGAGUCUCUGGAGCCCAUCAUCUGAGCACAGAAAUAUGGCGCUUGCCUUGCUUCAAAGGGAAAAGCAUCAGGGUGGAGGGCUCUCGGAUAUCGCAGCCGUCUCUCACGAGUACUUUGCUGACGUGGCGGCUUACAUUCUUCAACACUACCCUAGCGAGUGA